AUCAUUUGUAUACCGCUUUUACCUCUAGGAUUAUUUUAGUUCAUCAAUUCUCUUUCGAAAUCUAGUUUAAACAUUUAUCGAAUAUAUUGAAAAUAUGGAGUUUGAUGAACCAGUAACCGUAAAAAAUUCAGUUUUAUAUCCAAAUCGACUUUAUUACAAAGACUUUCGUACGGGAAAUAGAAUUAACUAUAAAAUACUCCGCAAAUUUCAAAAUUUAUCGGAUCAUUUUGUGCAAAAAGAAUUUUUAUACGACGAGAGUCUUAAUUUAAAAGAGGCUAAGCAAUUGUUCGAUAAUAGAAUUAGGGAGCUGGAUGACGGAGGAUUAGAAGCUGAUCCCGAAAAUUACUAUAUACCUUUUCUAUAUUCGACUAAUAAACGAGGCCGGUGGCAAAUUCAAGAAGAUAUUAAUGCGGUAGGUAAAGCGAAAUGGUUGAAAGGAGAAGAUUACUCAAUCUCAUAUAAUGAACGACACAUGGGAAAUUUGACUAGACCAAAUGUCAAGCUACGUUGUAACAGAGAUGGUAUCGUCAAGAAGUCAAAAACGCUAUCACGCCAAAGAGAUUUAAUGGAUACAAAUAAGCCAGAAUUGGAUGAAGAAUGUCCUGUUUCUAUACAGUAUUCCUUUUUUGCACCUGGUGUUAUAACAUCAAACUCAAAAAGUGGGUGUUCAAAUGAGCUAACCGACAAAGUUACUCUAACUCGCAUGAGAAAAAGGAGAAACUGUUUUAUUGAGAGAGAGAAUCUUUCUACUGAUUCUAUUAGGCAUAUUUUUAGUCCACCCGACGAGAUUGACUGCAAGAACCUAACUGACGAUAAAGAUACAGCUAGUCCUUCUAAUUACUCACUCACCUUAAAUGAUUUCAUAGUUGAUCAGCAAAAGAACGAAAGAAUUAAAAAGGGAAAACGAUGUAAGAAAGGAAGAAAGCUCUCUUGGAAGAGUUUAGAAAAAAGUAGGCUAAAAGAAGAAGAAAAAGAAGAGAUUGAAGAACUUGAAACAUUUUUGGAGAGUAAUUUAAAUAAAGAUAGCAGAGAAGAGAUUACUUUUAAAUUUAUACUCCCAGCGAAAUGUUAUAAAUCGUUUUUGAUUGACUGUUCCGAGGAAAAUAUUUAUGUUCUAGAUGCUGAAACUAAUUCGCAGAUGUUCUUGCUAGAUUUUACGUAUAAAAUAAGAAACACUUUCCUAGAGUAUGGCAUGGAUGAGAACGCCGUAAAAAUGUUUCGAUUUUUAGCACUAACCACCUUUCUUUGUGAUAAUGACAACAUCAUAAUGAAAAUGGUUUUAUAUACGAAUAUCAACUGCAAUUCGACUUUAGCAAGCUUCGAAAAUUUUAGCGAAAGCUUUAGUAGUGCAAUUAAUGAGGUUAAUUAUCAUAUUUUUUCAUGGUUGCAAAGUUAUUUACCUUUGAGAGAAUUUUAUGAAAAGACUGAAUCGAAGAAUAAGCAAAAAGGUGAAAAGGAAUUGUUAAAAUUGGUUCACGAAAGUGUGUUUGGCAAUCAAAUGUCUACAAACUACGAAGACGUGUGGUUAGGUAGUUUGAAGAAUUAUUGGGAAGAAAAUAGACCAAAGCUCGAAGAUCUUGAUAUUACUUUAUUAGAAGUUGACGACUGGAAUAUUCAAUGCGAUAUUUGCAUGGAACAAUAUGAUACCUCCGAAGGUCUAUCCCUAAAAUGUAAACAUUGGUUUUGCAUUCAUUGUUGGAAAGAACAUUUGUCUAUAUUCAAUUUCAAUUGUCCCACUUGCCCAAUGGUCAAUUGUAAAGUUCAGGCUAGCCUUCCAGUGUAUUUGGCUAUUCUGAACUUUGAUAGAUUUAUUACAAUGGAAAAGAGAAUAAUUGAGAAAACAAUUAAAAAUGAAGCUUGGGUCUACUGCAAAAAGCCAAAAUGUCAAAAACUAACUAAAAUGCAAGGCAUACAAAGUUCAACCGUUUUUUGUUCAUGCUCAGAAAAAUGGUGCAAACUUUGCGGUUUGGAUGAGCAUUGGCCUUCGUCUUGCAAUCAAUAUCAAUAUUUUUUACAAUUUCAGCAAAAGAUUAAAAACCCGAGAAAUGCUAAUUUUGAUGAAUUAAUUUUGAUUGUCUCUGUCAGAAAAUGUCCAUUCUGUGGAGUUCUGAUUGAAAAAUUUGACGGCUGUAAUGAGAUGCUUUGUCUUUGUAAAAAUUCAUUUUGUUGGAAAUGUUUAUCUCCGUGGAGGCAAUGCGUAAAAGGAUGUAAGCAAAAGGAAAAGGAAAGUCAAGAUAUAAUAUUCACAAAUGAAAAGUGUAUAAAAACACUUCAAUAUAGACAGGCAAUAAGGGAGGAGAAAAUGUAUCCCAAAUUGAAGAUGAUAUAUUCACAAGUCGAGAAAUAUACAAGGCAAAUGAAUAUUCCAUUAAACGAUUUCACCGAGGAAAAUGUAACAGAAACUCUUGUCAACUCGACUUUUUUGUGCAAGCUAACCUCUUCAUUGUUAAAAAAUUGCGCCAUCUAUACGGGAACCUUAAUUAGAGAGGAUCUUCCAUCAGAAAUCUUAAGAAAAUUGUCUAAUCUACAAGAGUUACUUAAUCGAGCUGAAACGUUCGAAAUGAAAUUACAUAAUUUAAUUGAACUAAACAAUAGAAUGGUGUUUAGAAAGUCCCGGCUCGAAAAUGUUAUUAAGACCCGAGAAUCUUUAGAUAAAUUAGUAAAAGAAAUAGUCUUCUCUUCCCGAGAAUUACAAGGAAAAAUGCAAAUUUAUAAACAAGAUACAGCUGUUAUCUGA